ACAAAUGUCAUUUCUCAUGUUUAUACGCCCAAAAAAGAAUUUUUUUUAUUGCUCCCAUUCUCUGAGUGAUUGACGACUGUCUCGCGAAGAAGAAGAAUACAUUGUCCAUUUUAUUGGAUUAAUGUUGUGUGUGGUGUAUUAUAUAUACGGUGUGUCAUCAAAAACACGCAUAUUUUAUGCAUGCAAGGGAUAAAAUAAAAUGCUCGCAUCGGCAAUACAUCAUCAACAUCGCUGAAUUGAAUCGACUUGCUCAUACUUGUGCUCUUGUGUAUUUAAAUUUACAUUAAAAGUCCAUCGGCUCUGACAAACUCAUUUAACAACAGACUAUCGUGUGUGUGUGUGCAUAAUUCGGUUUGUUUCUCGGUUGAAUUCGAUUUACGACAGACAAAUUUUUUGAGCACAAUUGAGAGUGUGCAAUAUCAAAACAAUGGCAGAAGGCGAAGUGGACGAAUUGGUGGAAUCAUUCAAAACCAUAUCAAUACAAUGUACGAAUAGUGUUGAAUUAAUUGAAUGCCUGAAGAAAAUUGUGCAAGCGGCUGAAACAAAUGCAACCACAUAUGACGCAAUCAAUUUAACAGACACAUUUUUGGUAUUAUUGAAACGCAACGAUUUAGAUGCGGAUGUACGUGAACAAAUCGAUCGUACAAUUGCUGAAAUAACAAAAAUUGAUGGCCAACGAAAGCGAUUCACAACGAAUUCAAUUAUCGAAAAUGUAUUGAAUCGUUUGGCAACGGAGACAAAACAAAAUACAUCGACCGAACAAACAAAGCAAUCGUUAAGUGAUACACAAUUUAUGAUUGCCAUUCAAUGUUGUCGUGCACUCGGCAAUAUUUGUUAUAACAAUGAAGAUGCACGUAAUAUUAUUUUAAAAUUAAAUGGUGCUGCUGUUAUCAUCAAUUUACUCGAUCUCAAACUGGAUGCCAACAAUGAAUUGGAGGUGACAUUUGCCAAAUUUCGUGGUGGUUUGAUAUCGAAUUAUUUGCUUGGCGGUGAACAUUUGGCGAAAAAUGCCAUGGAACUGGACAUUUUACGGAAAAUCGAAAACAUUUUGGACGAUUGCAUUGAACGCGUCGAUACAAAUCACAGCGAAGAGAUUCUAUUGAAUACACUACAACCGCUUAGUUUACUCACCGAAAAUGUGGCCGAUUUGAAUUUUUCACACAAACUCAACGGACAAUUGGCCAAAAUUUUAACCAUUUCAAAGGAUCCAGAUGUGGCCGAAAUUUGUCUCGAAAUGCUUAACUAUCAAGCGGAAAAUGAUGACGUUAAACUACAAUUGGCCAAGGAUGGUGUUUGCGAAACGAUUUAUCGUUUACUCGAAACAUACAAAACAUUAGCAAAUACCAAUGAAGCGAGAGCUCUUAUGAAACUUGCAUGUGAUUUAAUCGUUUUAAUCCUGACGGGAGAUGAAUCAAUGCACUACCUCUACAAUACAUCGCUGUUAAAAUAUAUGGAAGACUGGCUGGAUAAUUCUUAUGACAUUGAUCUAUUAACAACUGGCGUAUUGGCGUUGGGUAAUUUUGCGCGCACCGAUAGUCAUUGCAUUGAAAUGGUCAAUCGGAAUAUCACCACAAAAUUACUAACAAUUCUGUCAAAAAAUAAUGGUAUCGAUAAUGAGAUGAAAUUGCAGCAUGCAUUGUUGAGUGCACUUCGAAAUUUGGUCAUACCGAAAGAGAAUAAAUCGGUGAUUAUCAAGGCCGGUUUGGUCGAAACAAUAUUGCCAAUGUUGAAAAUUCAUCAGGCGCCCGUUGUGUACAAAUUGCUUGGCACAUUACGUAUGCUAAUCGACGGUCAGCCAUCGUUGGCACAUCAACUACUUGAAAAUACCACAUUGAUACAGCAAUUGAUUGAAUGGUGUCAGUCGUCCGAUUGUUCCAGUGUAACAGGUGAAUCGUUCCGUUUGAUGGCAUGGCUGAUAAAGCAUGCGUACAAAGAUACGGCCAGCAAUAUAGCGACAACAUCACCAUCGCCAGCCACAACCACAGCAGCCGAAUCGGCGGCAUCAAAUCGUUCUAGUCUGAAAGCGUUCAUCAAAAUUGCGGGUUCGGUACAAUGUAUGGUGACGAUGCUAUCGUCACAGCAUAUGGUCAUGCAAAAUGAAGCAUUGAUUGCCUUAUGUAUAAUGUCUUCAUUGUUCAUACCGCGUGCAUCGCCGGCAUCCAUUGCUGACAACGAUGUUAAUUUAGCAAAAAUUUUAAUCGAUUGUGAUUUAGGCGGCAAAUUGGCCGAUUUUAUUCAGCGCAACGCUGACGCAAUGACUAAAGAAAUUGUUGAAAAUGUACAAACGCUAAUGGCACCGUUACGCACAUCCGAUACACUUAUCGAACACCUCAAUCAACACAACAUUGAUGAAUUACUAAAAACAAUUCCAAUUCUCACCGAAUACUGUACAUUGUAAAAUUAGCGCGCUGUAUUCCGUUAUUCCAUUCGUUUCCUCUUCACAUUUUAUUCAUUUUCGAACCAAAUUUAAAAUCGUCUCCAAUUUGUAUGUAUGUGUGUAAAGGAGCGAGAGAAAUUAUGAGCAUUUCAGGUGUGUGUGUGUGUGUGUGUAUUUCGCGCGCAUCGUGCAGCAAUAACAUAUUUAAUGAGAGAAAAAAAUAGCAUAAUUAAAUUUAUAAAACAAAAAUCGCUUACCAUUAGUGCAUUUUAUAGUAAUUAGCACAUUUUCAUUUUGUUCGACCGAUUUUUUUCAUUGCAUACACAAGUUUUUUGUAUUGAAUUUUUCCAAUUUGUUGUUAAAAAAAAUUGUCACCGCAGAAAUAGUGCUUCAGGACACAAGCACCAAUGAUAUAAAGUAAAAUGUACAGUGUUUAGAUACCGGGGCGAAUGCAAAUUUCUUCGUUAGCAAAAGUUGGAAAUUGUUUUUUUUCUUUAUGUGCUUGCUUUCAAACACAUCUUAGACAUUAUACAAUACACACGUAUUAAAUAGCAUUUAGCACCAAUAGAUUUAUUUCUCUCUUAUCCAAACAAACAAAAAAAAAAACAACAAAACAAAUCCUCGUCUUAUCGAAGUAAAAACACUUAAUUCAAUUCAAUUGUAGCCGCUUAGAUGCAUUUGUUAUUUAAGAAAAAUAAAAAUUAAAUACUUACAAAUUGUACUAUAGAGAAUAAACGUUUUAUUUAAUAAAAAAAUUAUUCCAACACCGAA